AUGGCCCCCGAGGGGGUUUCACCUCAGGCCCGGCAGGCCGGCCCCGCCGCCGCCCCGGUGCCCACCCUCCUUGCGGGCGCUCCCCGCCGUAGGGGUUCACCUCCCCGGCUGGAGCCGGCCUGUCGGCGGGACGGGGGGGGGGGGGGGGGCGGGAAAGGCGGCCGGGAGCGGAGUUUGUGUCAUGGUGGAAGCAUCCCAAAAAAGCAAAAAUCAGGGGAUAAGGCCACUGAGGGUCUGCUGGGGGGAUGGGAAUCCUGGGACAAACCUCCUGGAGAGGAGGUGCUCAGGGCUACCAAGCCAGCAAAGUCCCUGGUCGAGUCAUGUUCCUCAGGGGAGCUUGUCCCAGUUGGUGUCCGUUACUGCAGGUUAAAUUUUGCUGGUAUCUUGGCCUGCCAGGGACUGUAUCUGGAAAACCAUGCUCUUCCCUUCACUCCUGGUGAGAAGGUAACUGGUCUGUGCAGAAAGCGUAGUGGAUACAGAGUAAUUGGUGUGACUGGCACUAAAGCUAUGGCAGCAGAGUGCAUCACUGAUCAGAAGAUGCUGUGGCACAUCCCUGAAGGUGUUGUACGAGGACGUGGUGGCAUUGCCAACCACCUACAGCACAACCUCACUGGUUCUCGACCACAGGGCAUGGCUUCAGCUGGGGUGAUAGUGACAACUGGAAGCAACCCCAAAUACAAGCUGGCUCUGAAGAGCAGCAUGAGCCACGGCAUGAACUACAGCCAGAGCAGCAGAGAGGAGGUGAAGAAGCUCACAAGUAGCAGAGGGGUCAAUGUGACCAUCGAGGCCAUCAGCAGGGACAUCUUCAAUGUUGGCAUGGGGAGCAGGAUUGUGGGGAUGGAUUUUGCUGGAGGAAAAACCCCCUCAAUUCCCACUAAUCUGCUGCUUCUAACAAAUGUGUCUGCAAUGGGAGCAUCGAGUCUGUACCAGGAAGACGAUUUCCCCAUUUUUUCUUCUACUAUCUCCUCCAUUCCCCAGCAUUGCCAGGAGGGAAAUAUCUAUCCCCAUGUUGGAGCACUCUUCAAACUGAAAGAGGUAAAUGAAGCCUCCAACCAUGUGCUCCAGCACAAGGCCACAGGAAAGGUCAUCAUCUCCAUGAAGUAA